AUGUACAUCAUCACCCACCCUUCCUACAACUUUGUAGGCUAUAACUUUGACAUCCAACUUCUGAAGCUCUCCUCCCCAGCAGAGUUCAACUCCCGCGUGUCUCCAGUGUGCUUGGUCUCCUCCAGGAGCAGAAUCACCUCUGGAACCAAAUGUGUCACCACUGGAUGGGGCAUGACAGCAACAUCCUGUGUCAGUGCUCGUUACCUGCACCAGUCCGCUCUGCCUGUGCUCAGCGCUGCUCAGUGCAGAAUUUUCUGGGGUGACAGUACGAUCACUGAUGCCAUGUUCUGUGCUGGUGGUUCUAAAAUGUCUUCCUGCAAGGGUGACUCUGGUGGCCCACUGGUGUGUGAAAGCAAAGGUGUGUGGUCUCUUGUGGGUACUGUGUCUUGGGGCACCAUCGACUGCAAUGUGUACAGCCCAGGAGUGUAUGUCAACAUGGCCUACGUGCGCAGCUGGAUCGACCAGACCCUUACUGAAAACUAAUCAGAAAAACACUAAUGGAAACAUGUGUUUUCUCAAGAAAUAAGCAAUAAAAUCUUGAAGACUUUGAA